CCUUGGCACUUCGGCAGAGAAUAUAUGGCGGGAAAAGAAGCGGGCUUUGGGAGGGAAAAGUGAGUGAAGAAGACCCUGUAUUUUAUUUUAUUUAUUUUCCCCGAGAAGAGAAUCAGAAACCCAAUUUGUAAAAAAUGGCCCAAAUCGAAACCCAGGGCAUACUCCAGGACAUCGAAACCCUCGUCUCCGAUCAGCUUCAAGUGGUUUCGUACAAAUGGCUGAGUCGGAAUUACUUGGUGUCGUCCAAUGAUGCAAAGAGGUUGCUCCAGGAGUUUGUGGAAAACCAUGGAAACAGUUUGGAAGUGGUAUAUACUUUGUCUGGCCAGUUGAAGAACAAUCCUGUGAGCUACCAUGUAAGGCUCGUUUCGGGGCCUGAACUUGCAGAAGCAAAAGAAGAAUUUGAUGGCAACUGCUCCGUUGGGGUUUACAGUGUGCAACCUUGCAUUCCAAAGGAUCCAGCUACAAUUUGGAAUGCAGAAUUUGUACAAGCAGAGGAGCUCCAUACGCAGGCUCCAACAGUUGAAAAUUGCUUGAGAGAUAACAGGUUCUGCGGCAUUCUCAAUUCCUUUGUUUUGCGUAAUGUAGAGGGAACACCAUUGAGCACUGCAGGUCCACAACUGAAGACCAAAUUAGCUUCAGAGCCAUCAAAAAUUAAUUUAGCUCAUCAAGAUAGUGUGAUUUUAAAACAGCAACAGAAUAAAGGAGAACAAUCUAGUCCGAAAGUUGGUUUGCCGGCUCCCAAUGUGGUAAAAGAUGUCAAAAGUGAAAGCAAUGGCAUAGGAGUUACUCAUCAGCCUAACAAACAUCCUGCAGACAAAGAGAAAGUUGCUCCUCUUCCUGCUAACAAAAAGAAGGUCCAGAGUGAUAAAAGCUCUUCUGCUUCUGGAGGUUCAUUGGCAAAUUUGUGGGGUCGUGCAUCUGUGAAAUCCAAGUCAAAUUCUACAGCCGAAAAUAGUAAUUUGAUUCCUACGCAUACUGGAGCAAGUGCAGAGGCUCAAAUUUGUGCUAGAGAAGCAGAAGCUGGUGUCAUCAGCGACGAUGAUGAUCAAGAUGUUAAUUUUAAGAGAGCUUCCGGUUCUGAAGUCACUAGGAAACGGAGGGUUGUCUUUGAUUUCUCCGAUGAAGACGAAUGUGAAGAUGCAGUCAAUUUAGCAUCCCCAGAGUAUCCAAAAGGAAAAUCAUGUCAAGAGCUCAAAGAAAGUAGCAAAACUUUGGUUGCACUUAAAACCAAUUUGAACUUUGACGAGCAGGUAGAAGAUAAACCAGAGGUCAAGGAAGAGAUAUCAGUUGACGGAAAAUCUGACCCACCUUGCAGAGAAGAUUCUACUGUUGUCAGCAAGGAAAGUAAUUCUGGGAUUAUCCUGACAGAGAAAACAGACAGAUCUGUUCCUGAAAAAGAUGUGAACAAAAUGGAUAAGCUGGCCACUGCUGCUAAAACACAGAUAGAUGCUGGGAUUAUCCUAACUGAGAAAAAACGUAACUCUGUGCCUGAAAAAGGUGUGAACAAAAUGGAUAAACUGACCAACGGUGCAUCAAGAUCUCCUCAAAGAAGAAAAAUUUUGAAGACACGGAUUGAUGAACGUGGAAGAGAAGUAACUGAGGUAAUAUGGGAGGGCAAGGAGACAGAAGCAAAGAAAGCUGACAGCAGUGCAACAAUGAAAGCUGACAGCAGUACAACAAAGAAAGCUGAUAAUACAGUUACCAGUGUUACGAACAGGCCUGCCGCAGCUCAGAAGUCAGUGGCGAACACUGGGCCGAAAAAUCAAACUGCCAAAGCAGGAGGCAAGAAAGCAGUAAACAAGGAUCCUAAGCAAGGAAAUAUUCUUUCAUUCUUCAAGAAGGUCUAAGGCGUUUUUCAAAUAUCCUUGCAGGGGAACUCUCUGAUAUAAUGCUUCUUACAAAAUCAAGGUUCCUUCGGGCAAUGAAGGUUUUUGAGUUGCUUAAAUCUUUGCUUUGCCUUGUGUCUGGAGGGGAAUCGCAGAAUUCGGGUUUAGGGUACAUUGCUCUUACAUCUUGUUAUUUUCAGAUGAUGGAGACUGGAGAGUGUUUGCUUUUCUUCUCUGCUGUUAGUUUAAGCCUUUAAGGCUCCAAAUGUAAAUGGAUAUAACGGUUCCGUCGUGUCUGGUUGCUCCUAUACUGUUUCGUUCUUAAAUUUGUGCUGUCGAUUAUUUAGCGUA